UGAUGCGCGGAGAAGUGACGCAUCAAGGCUGCGACAUACACAAACCCACACGUCGCAUGUGGAUGACGCAGAACGUCGGCAAGGUUCGGAUACUGCUUUCUGGUACAUCCUUUACAUAGGCUACUUUAUCAGUAUGGGUUGGAGUUCUUCAUUGGCGGCAAUGCAGUCACUAUCACUGCAACUUCUAACGCGCAGUACUGUCUUCUUUUAAUGGAGGCCUAUACUUAUUAUCACACAAUUUGCUUUGAUCAUGAAUACAAUGUAGGAUCCUUAAACAGGAAUGGCUGUUGUUGAAAUGUGGGUUGGGUGUCCAGUGGUGUAGAGCCAAAAUCUAAGCUCCAGAUUGUACAUAUGCAGACCUUUGAAAAGGUUUUUAACAGUCUAAAUAAUAGUUUCAUUUAUACUACAUGAAACUUUUGACUAUAUAGCCCAUAUGUCUACUUGCAACUAUGGUUAUUCUGCAUAUAUUGUAGGUUAGAAUUAACUUGUUUUGAUAUUAAUUUCAUUUUGUUUUAUUCAAAGGACAACUGAAUUUCACUUAGGGAAUGAAAAAAGUGUAUCUUUUCCCCAAAUAAUGACAGGAAGUUCCUUGAUAGUGCAAUAAUCCAAUUAUAUUCUUUUCAAUUCCAGUUGUAUUUCUAAUUCUAUUGUUCUCACUGCUACUGUCAAAUAAUCUACUAUUAUUGAUACAGCCAGCAGAUAUGUUUAUGUCAGUAUCGUAACAUUUUGAAAUUAUAAUAACAGAAAUUAUAAUAGGCUUUUAAGGACCCUCUUCCUGUUGGGGCCAUCUCUAGGCCCACAUGGUUCCCCUUCAAUACUCUGGGUAUUAUAUAGUAAUAACAACAGUUUUAGAGAUGGACAUAUGCUUUGUGUCAACCAUCAAUAAUGCUAGCAACAACAGAAAAAGCAUUUUCACUUCAUUUCUAAGCAAAAGGCAGUUGUCCUAUAGGGUACAAAGAGGCCAUGGCUGAACUCGUAUAACACAUGUUGAGUAUUUAGGAGGCAUUUAAGAGACAACAGAUUUCAGUCUGACAUGUUCUGCAUUUCACUGACAAAUCCAGUGGGUGUCAGCAUUAUGCUGUAAAUGCACCAAUGUCAAAAAACAAACCUGCUUUUCAGUAGAGAGUAGCGGAAUGAUAUGAAUGUUGUAUUGUGUUUUAAUGGAUUUAUGACAAAAAUUUGUUUCCUUCUGUGUCACAAAUGUUUCUUUAUAGCAUAUUAUUAUCUUGGCCUUCUUAAGCAUGGAGGAAAGACUAAAUACUAGACCAAUUCUACUUAUAUCUGAAUUGAUGGCUGCAUCAACAUCUUCUAACCAUCUCAAAAAUGUAAAACCCUUCUCGGGACCCUUAGCUACCAAGAAAAAAACCUAACGAGUCCAUGGAAAAAAAUGGUGCAGAUUUAUGACAUUUGAUAACAAAUGAUAUGUAAGAAAUUCUGCAUAACUGAAAAAUAAGAAAACAAUAGGGGGACUUGAUAUACAGAUACUAGGUAGUGAUAGAUUCUUAGAUCUAAGCUCAGAUCUAAGAAUCUCAUUGACUAAAAUAUACAGCAUCUCCUUCUUCUCCGGUGUAUUCAUCAUUUGACUGCAUUUUUCACCCACUCCAUCUCUCCCUCUCCCUUUCUGCUCUUUUUCCUGCUCUGCCACCAGCCGUAUCACACUCUCUCCACUUAUUUUCUACAACCUCUCUUCAAGCCCCUAUCUCUAUCUCCCUCCUACUCUGAUCCUCCCCUAUUGUCCCUCUAUUUCUUCUCACUCUUUCUCAGUUAAGACAGAGGAAUGCAGUAUGUGGAAGGCUGUGAUUAUUUGGCUGUUGAUAGUCGCAACUCUGCUCCGGGGGAGCUGCUGAGAGACUACAACCCAAUGGAAAGACCAGUGGCCAACGACUCCCAGGCUCUCACUGUUCAGUUCUCCUUCACUCUAAUGCAGGUCAUGGAUGUGGAUGAAAAGAACCAAAUACUCACAACAAAUGCCUGGCUGCAGAUGCAGUGGUACGAUCACUACCUCCAGUGGAAUCAAUCAGAGUAUCCUGGAGUGAAGAACCUUCGUUUCACUCCUGAGCAGGUCUGGACACCUGACAUAUUACUUUACAACAGUGCUCAUGAUAAGUUUGAUGCUACCUUUAAGACCAAUAUCCUGGUAAACUCAAGUGGCUUUUGUGAGUAUCUGCCUCCAGGAAUAUUUGUCAGCACAUGCAAUGUAGAUGUUCGAUGGUUCCCGUUUGACAUCCAGCGUUGUGAACUUAAGUUUGGCUCUUGGACAUUUGAUGGCUGGUUACUGGACAUACAGAUGAAAGAAGCAGAUGUGUCGGGUUACAUGCCCAAUGGGGAAUGGGAUCUUCUGGAGGUCCCCGGAGGACGUCAUGAGGUUUUCUAUGACUGCUGUGUAGAGCCCUAUCCCGAUGUUACAUUUGUUGUGACCUUACGAAGAAGGACCUUAUUUUAUGCUCUCAACCUCCUCAUCCCCUGUGUGCUGCUCUCCUCCAUGACCCUGCUGGUUUUCCUGUUACCCGCCAAUUCAGGGGAGAAAAUUAGUCUUGGCAUCACAGUCCUCCUUUCCUUGACUGUCUUCAUGUUGAUGGUUGCAGAGAUUAUGCCUGCCACAUCUGAUUCUGUACCAUUAAUAGGUCAGUACUUUGCCAGCACCAUGGUGAUUGUAGGGAUGUCUGUAGUGGCUACAGUCAUUGUCCUACAGUUCCAUCACCACAACCCUGACAGUGGACAUAUGCCACGCUGGAUGCACUUGGUUUUGCUCCAGUGGGUUCCUUGGUUUUUGCGGAUGAAGCGUCCAGGUGAAGGAGCCGACCCAUCUCUGCCUCACAGCCAGGCAGACACUCAGAGCAAGACCCUGUCCUCUCCGACCACCACCACAACCACCACCACUAUCCCAACCCCGGUGCCCUCCAUCCUCCCUCAGAGCCUGACCUCCCUGCAGGCCAGCCUGGCACAGCUCAACCACCCUCUGCCGUACUCGACAACUCACCGGCACAGCACCCAGGCUGUCAUCCCCCCUAACCAAAAUCACAGAGAUCCCAGCCCUAAUCCACAUCCCCAGCCUAAUGGUCAUCUGCCAUAUAUGGGUUUCCAGACAUUUCAGACCACCACAGAACUAGAGCCAGUCCAGAGGAGCAGAACCAUCAGUCAGGGAAGGGGUAACAGUGGAUUCAGUGUGAUAGAAGGUGAAGGAGCAGCAGGAGGAGGACCUGCUGCAGGAGAUACACCAAUCCAUCACCACCUCCCACCUAUCAAAUUUGGGAACUCCCCACAAGAGACUCCAUUGUCCCCCGACCCUGACCCAUCUGCCACAUCCUCGGGACCUGGUGGCCUUGAGGCUGGAGCUGCAGCAGGAAGGGCGAUGACCAUGCACAGUCACAGUGGAGCAGUUCGGUCAGGGGCAGUGGACAACCAGCUGCGAGCCCUUCUGGCAGAAGUGCAGUUCUUAGUGGAACGUGUUCGUGAGCAGGACAGGCAAAUGAGUUUGGCCGAGCAGUGGCAGUUUGCUGCAGCUGUUAUCGACCGUCUGUGUCUGGUCGGUUUCAGUGUUUUCAACAUCAUCUGUACUAUUGCUAUCCUCAUGGCUGCACCCAACUUUGGAGAAGCUCUGUCAAAAGAUUUCCUCUGAGAGGUCAAAUGCAGACAGAUAUUUGAGAGUGGGGUGUGUGUGAAAGGAUAAUACCAAUAAGAAUAUGUUGGAAGCACAAUUCCUGUUUAAUAACGCUGGGACAGUGAAAAACAAAAUAGUUCCUGUUUUGUAUGCUAGAAGAUGAAAUAUUAUGAAGGAGCUGUUUCUGAAAAACAUUUUUCAUGAUAUUUGGAUUUAUUUCUCAGACACUCUUGUUAUUUUCUAUGGAAUUUUCUUUAAGAGUGUUUGUUUCCUUAUAAAAAAGGCAGCACUCUAAUGAUAGAAUACUUUUCUUCGAGUCAUGAACUGGCAACAUCACUGAUGCAUUUUGGUGUAAUGGUUUAUCAUUCAUUGAAUGAUUGUGGGCAAACCUGAGAAAAUCUUCAGUCAGUACUUUAGGUUUAAUAACGAAAAGAAGGACAUUUUUAACAUACAGAAGCAUGGCUUAAGAAAAAUAUAAAACUUAUUUGUAUCGUCAUGAAGGUACUCAGUAGAAAGCCACUUCAACAAUGAUUUGCUGCAUGUAAACAACAACUGAGCUUUUACAAUGAAGCAAGAUUUAACGGUCUAACAUUAAAUUGGAGUGCGUUUACAGUUUAGUCUUCCAUUGAUUGUCAGUGGAGUUGUCUGCAAGGGUUUUCUAUUAAUGUCAAUACAAUCUGGAGUCCUUG